AUGAUUUCUUCCAGUCUAAAGCGUCUGUUGCUACCCUCCAUUCUCAUUUUACCAUGCUCUUGCGCCUAUAUUUCAGCAACGUCCAACGGAAAAGAGACAGCAUUGUACAAGUUUAUAGCAUCAAACAUUGACAUGAUGAAGCCAUACAUUAUGGCAGUGCUUAUUAUGUGGGCUUGUUUGGAAAUCGGGUUCUUUGUUUACUUUUCAAAUGUACGACAGAGAUUGCAACAAACAACAAAACCUAAAAAGCCAUUGGAUCUGUCAGAGAGAACCAGCCUGUUUUGGAACUGUGUUCAGACCAUUGUAGAUCUUCCUUCUUGGGCAGAGGGCUGGUUCUAUUACAAAAGAGACCACUCGCAUCCGACAUUCAAAGAGAUCAAAAGAGAAAAUCUAGCACUGUGGUUUGCUUGGGCUUUCUGGCAUGAAAAUCUCGACAUUGUCAGGCAAAACAAGGCAUGGGCAGAUGAAAUUGAGUGGAUGUUGGCUACAGCAGAGGAAUGGUUCCAUGUCAAGUUUCCAGAGGGAUUGAAUCCAGAACUACAGUGCAUUAGACUCAAUUUGGAUCCAGUAGAGGCAGUGCAUCGACCGCUGAUGGUGUACGUUGGGUUAUAUGCCCUGACAUGGAUCUUCAACACAUUGUUCCUGGAAUGGCAUUGGGGGUUCACUCAUUCUGGGGCUACUGCACCUGGCAUUGAAUGGGGCGGCCCGCUCUCUUUUGUCCAUGAUAUCGUCCAUCGCCUCAAGAAAGUCAUUCUCAACAUGACAACCAACAGCAGCACUCGGGACAGAAACAUCCAUCCUAAAAAACAGCCUCGCCUCAAGCACUUGUCCUAUUGGUAUCGAGCACCUUCUGCAGAAUCCACCACUAGAACACCUCUUGUCUUUAUACAUGGCAUUGGCGCAGGAGUGAUGUGUUAUACAGAGUUCGUACAUCAAUUAGCUUAUUUCGACCGCCCCAUCUUCUUGGUCGAGCUACCCUACGUUGCCAUGCGCAUGGUAGAUCAUGUCCCUACCGCCGCGGAAACUGUUCUGGAGGUGACUGAAAUGCUAAGCACGUUUGGCUACGACAAGGCUGUGUAUGUGUCCCAUUCAUUGGGUACUGGCGUCUCUAGCUGGAUCCUCAAUAUGGCGCCCGAGACAAUAGCUGGUGUAGUCAUGAUUGAUCCCAUCUGCUUCCUGCUGCAUUAUCAUAAUGUCGCAUUUAAUUUCGUACAUCGCAUCCCCAAGACACUGUUUGAGCAUAUCAUGCAUUUUGGCGCUGCUAGAGAGCUUUAUAUCAGCAAUUACAUCUCUCGUCAUUUCCAAUGGUUUGAAACUAUUUAUUUCACUCAACCCACAAACACACAGCAAAUCGCCUCAUUGCCAUCACCAUUGGACAUGCACUCGCCACUCGCCAAUGCCAGCGUGUUCCUGUCUGAGAAGGAUGGCAUUGUUGGUAGCGCCACUGUCUACAACUACCUGCUAGCAAGAGGUGUUGAUGCUCAUAUCAUGGAUCAUUUGGAGCAUGCCAUGUUCUUGACCAAUACAAGAUGGAAAGUGUCUAUUACCCAACGAGUAGAUUUAAUUGCUAGAAAAGCUGAUUAUGCAGCCUUGAUGAAUAAACCAUUGUAA